CAGCAUCUGAAUGAUGGCAGCUCGGUGGAGACAACUGGUAACAGCAUCUUCCUUUUCGCUGAGCACCUGCAGAAGAAUGCCUGCUUGCUCUGUGAUCCAGAAUAUGCGGUUCUAUGCAAGUGGUCUUCCAUCCAAGAACUCUGGCCAUCAAGGAACUGAGCCAGUGGAUGUUAUUCACAAGGAAGAAUACCUUGAAGUUGCUCGCAACUGGCCAACGGACCACUAUUCUCCUGACAACUUCCGGAUGCGGCCAGAGGAUAAGAAAUGGGGUAUAACUCCCACUCCACCUUCGACGGGCUUUGACAACGUCAAUGCUGGCCAUGAUCCUGAACCAGCAACCUGGGGUCAUCCUAUAUGGUCUCGUCUGCUUAUUGUGUCUGUCCUGUCCGUUGUUGCCUACAGACUGCACGAGCAUUAUAUGAAGGACAAGAAACCAGAAGAUCAUCCAGUCUAUAUCUUUCUUCAAUCCCUUCACGACCAAUAUGGCUCAUCCAAAGUUGCGCAUGACUACGAUGCUCAUACUUUGCCAAUCCGCCAACGUUGGGCCGAUGAUCGCUUGAUCUUUACUUCUGCUCUGAGAGGUGCUAGUGAGGUGGAUACCCCAGUCAUGGUUUUAAAUACGGAUAUGCAUUUGAAUUGCUCUGAUCGACUGGUCGGUGUUUCUCCCGAGAUCAGCUGGGAGGGUGUCAAGUACAAAACUGCUUCUAGUGACAAGUAUUAUAUUCCACCGUACCCCAAAAACCGUGAAGAUUAAACUAUCUCAGACUGUAUGGGUUUGGUCGUAGAAAAAUAAUCAACCUUGUCAAAUGCUUUUGCUGUCUUGAAGUAAUGGAUUCUUUUAAAUUAGAUCUUGUUCAAAACUGAGAUUGUUUUGCAGUGGACUUGGCUGGUCAUUCUAGGUUUUAUUAAACUUUUUUAAAGU